GUCCAGUCCAACUGGCCGUCUCGCAUUGCACGCGAGAUAUAGUUUUUUCUUUUGCACAAAUUUGGAGCAAGAUAGAUACAACAGAGGGGAUCUUCUAUUACUUGCUAUCCAAAAAUCUGACCCUGAGAUGGUACGUGCUUUGAAGAAAUUGGGUAUGGAUUUGAACAUGGCAGACCACGCAGGAGUACCAGUCUUAUUACUCACAGCUUUAGAAUUGGCCGAAAAAGAUUUCAUUCUCCAAAUUUUGCCUGAAGUAGAUGUUAUUCAACAUCCGAAGUUGGGUACUGCGCUGAACCAGGCGUCGUUCCAAGGUCUGCUGAAAAUAGUCUCUGCUCUGCUCAACCGAGAAUUAAGGAUACCAGCUGGUGUUAACAACAAUGGUCCUCAAGGAAUGCCCCUCAUGGUAGCAUGCUAUGAUGGUAUGUAUUAUUCCGUGGUAUAUCUAUUGAAGCACGGAGCAAAUACCGCGUGCAAAAAGCUAGACGGAAUCAAAACAACUGCGAUGCAGUCAGCCCAUUUACACAAAGAUGUAAUGCUAUUACUGCAGAACUUCCGAAAAAAUGGGCCAAGAGCCUCAGAAGAGCAAAGAACAGUUGUCAAUGCGAAUAUUUCGAUGCUUGAGUGGUGUAUGUUGAGAUUAGAGAAUGAUCAGAAGAGAGAGAAACGAGCCGAUCAGCUAAGUCUGUUUGAGAGUGUUUCCUCUCAGCCUUGGUGGACCGAAGAUAUAGAUACAGAUGGGGAACAGGAAUCAAGUCAUCACAAAGAUGAGAUACCAGAGUUAAAAUACACGGAUGACCAGUCCCUCUAGGAUUAUCAAUCUUAUAGUACUUGUUCACCUGAUGAGCAGAUUUUGAGUCCUGGCUAGAAUGAGUUCUUCUAUCUCAAGUUCUGUCUAGGGUCGUUAUAAAUUCUGAACUCACAGCAUCA